GAAACCUGAAUACUCUAACAGCACAUUUCUUCCCGGUCUGGUGCCGUGGUGGUGCUUCUAGGAGUUUUAAUUUGGAGACCGGAGACGAUGGAAGGUGUUCACGAGGAACAUCAGCAAGCUCAUGUAUUUGGGAGGAAAGGUGGUAUGCGACUGGUUCCGGUCAUAAUUGCCAAUGAAGUAUCUGAACGGAUUGUGAGCUCAUCUGUUGGCGCAAAUCUUAUGAUCUAUCUCACAACAAAGUAUCACCUUGGCGCUGCAAGCAGCGCCAUCAUCAUCUUCGUGUACAUAGCUGCUGCAAAUUUCUUGCCAGUGUGCGGAGCAAUUGUGUCUGACGCACUGUUAGGUCGCUCCCUCAUGGUUACACUGACACUUUUCUCCUGCACAAUUGGGACUACACUUUUGUGCUUGACAUCGGUGAUUGCACGCUUGACACCGCCGGAUUGCACCCAACCAAACCAAGCCUGCAUAUCACCUACUCCGAUUCAGCUACUUGUGUUGUGCGCCUCCCUUGGAUUCAUGGCGCUGGGAGCGAGUGGCGUCCGCCCCUGCUGUCUGGCAUUUGCCGAGGAUCAGAUUGCGCACUGGGACACCAAUAAGAAGGACCGUGCUCUGCGGGGUUUGUUCAGCUGGUACUACGCAUCCGUGGGGUUCUCGCAGAUCGUUGCCGUGACUGUGCUCGUGUACUUCCAGGACAAGAUGGGCUGGAAGGUUGGGUUCAUGGUGUCGGCUGCCAUCAUGGCAUCUGUCACACUCCUGAACUUGGCGGCGUCAUUAUUCUACGUGAAGGUGAAGCCACAAAAGAGCAUGUGGGCUGGCUUACUGAAGGUGGCUGUUGUUACUAUCAAGAACCGUGACCUUGUGCUGCCAGAGGCAAAUCAAGGUGCUCAAUUCCAUUGUUUACCAGGUUCAGCACAGCUGGUUCCAUCAGAGAAAAUGAGGUUUUUGAACAAAGCUUGCAUGGUGAGGACUCGUCCGGGCAACAGCACAAACAACGACGGUCACGACAGCACGGGCUCAAGAAGCACCUGCACAGUGGAGCAUGUAGAGAACCUCAAGUCUGCUCUGAGCGUCAUGCCUAUGUGGUCAGCGAUGGUGAUGUCGUUUCUGCUGCAGAGCUCCUCAUUCGGGGUUCUGCAAGCAGCUACAAUGGACCGUCGUAUCGGUAGCACGACAUUUCAGAUACCAGCGGGCUCAAUUUCUAUCUUCGAGAUCCUGACCUUCACGGUGUGGUCAGGCUGCUACGACUCGUGCUUCCUCCCGGUCCUCCGGUGGAUCACUGGGCGGCAGCGCGUGCUCACGCUCAAGCAACGCAUGGGCGUCGGUGUGUUCCUGGCCGUCGCCUCCAUGGUGGUGGCAUCGGCGGUGGAGGCUCGUAGGAGGGAGGCCGCGGCGAGGCAUGGAACCCCGCCCCUGUCUGUCCUGUGGCUGGCGCCCCAGUACGCUCUCAUGGGGCUGUCGGGCGCGUUCGGCGCCAUUGCGCAGAUCGAGUUCUACUAUGCAGUGCUCCCCAAGUCCAUGGGCAGUUUCGCGCUGGCGCUGCUUUUUUUCGGAGGCGGCGUUGCGAGCAUCAUGUCGACCACGAUCGUCAAGCUCGUGAAUGUGGUCACCAGCAAGGGUGGAGGUGCGCCUUGGAUUUCUGACGACCUGAACCAGGGCCGAUACGACUGCUACUAUGGACUGCUCGCGGUACUUGGUGCUGUCGACCUGGUCUACCUCGUCAUUUGCGCUAAUGUCUUCCAUGAGUCGGCACAAAACAUGACACUGGGAGCUGGUGCUGAUGGUGAAACCGCCCAAGAAUUUCGAGGCUAGCUUGUGCAAGUGUUUGUUUCACAU